CUUAUAAAACCGGAAGAAUAUAAGGAGUAAGGUAACAGCCUCGAUCUGAAUUCAGCGGGAAGUCGACUAUAUUUGCAGGAUUGAUUUGACAGUAGGCAUCAACAGAGAAAUCCAAGUCAAUCAGUUGCAUUACGUUCCAUUAUGGCAGACGAAAAGGAUGAUGCUCCAGAGUCGCCAGAACUUCACUUUGAACCCGUUGUGACCCUUAAUCCUGUGGAAAUAAAGACAUUAGAAGAGGAAGAAGAAGAAAUAUUGAAAUUACGAGCAAAACUUUUCCGCUUUGACAAUACAUCUGAGCCUGCCGAAUGGAAGGAGCGGGGCACAGGGGAGGUUAAAAUCCUGAAACACAAAGGCACACAUUUGAUACGAAUACUGAUGAGGAGAGACAAAACACUGAAGAUAUGUGCAAAUCAUUAUAUUUCACCUCACAUGGAACUGAAACCAAACUGUGGGAGUGAUCGGGCGUGGGUGUGGUCAACACCAGCAGAUUUUGCAGAUGAGGAGUCCAAAGCCGAAUUACUAGCUAUUAGAUUCGCAAACGCCGAAAAUGCUCAGAAGUUCAAGGAGAAAUUUGAAGAAUCACAGAAGUCAGUGGAGGAAACAGUUAAAAAAGCACAAAAUGGUGUUUCAGAAGAGAAGCCUUUAGAAGAGAAGUCUUCAGAAGAGAAGUCUUCAGAAGAGAAGUCUUCAGAAGAGAAGUCUUUAGAAGAGAAGUCUUCAGAAGAGAAGUCUGCAGAAGAUUCACAAGAAAAAUCUAAGGAAAGUGAAGCAGAGACUUUGACAGAAAAAUUAGGUGAUUUGACCGUGGAAUAGGCAGGAGCAGAUGCCUCAAAAGAAGAAAGUGAAACAAAGACAGAAGAAAGACUGAUUGAUGAGGACAGUGAUUUUAGAGCGGAGAUUUUUAUCAUGUGGUUGAAACCACAGCAAUUUCUGGUCCAGACAAUUUUCAUUGUAGGAGCUCGGACUGAGUGAUCAGUUCCUGCAAUGGAUGAAAGGGUAUUUUAAUCCAGCAUUUUAGUGACCCUCAAAGCCACCUUGGCACAGCCCAGUGAUCCAGAUAGGAUGGACAAGUCUCAAGUAUUACUCGUGAAAACCUUCACAUCACAUUUUUUGUAACAUUCAUGGCAUUUAAAACGUGUAUUCGCUGGAUGGUCGAAGGUGUUCAGUGCUGUUUAUUGUAAAUAUUCCCUGCUUUUAAAGAUCCCAUGCACUUUCACAAGUGAUAAUUUAUUACACAUCUGAAUAAAACUUGAAAUAAUUUGUGUUUUAAUUACUUGUGCAUGUUUAAAGUAUGAGUGAUUCCUUGAUGGCGUUGUGAAUAAUGUGUGUCCAGCAGUGGAAGAGACUGGUCACACGUUGGAAGGAAUUAUGUCCACUAACACAACUUAAAAUUUUUAAAUAGAAUUUUACAAAAUUGUUGAUUGGAAUAAAUGUCAUGCAAAAA